AUUCUAAAUCUCAACCUUAGCACCCUCCCCUCUAUUGUUACUAUCUUUUGGGGAUUGCUCAGUGAUGGCUCUAGCCAAUGCAUGCUUCUCUGUAAUGAACAGACAGCCCUCUUCCUUGGAAGCAGGAACUUCUGUGCUGAGAUCAGUUUCUACCUUCCUCGAAUCAACCGGCAUCGGAAGGAGGAGCACAAUAGCCUUGCUUGCAUCCACUGCCAUAAUUCCUGAAGUCACAGAUUCAAGAAAGGCUCUUUUGCAAGAGUAUCUUAAGAGGUCCAAGGAGAACAAGGAAAAAUAUGACAAAGAGAGGCUAGAUGACUUUUACAAGAGGAACUACAAGGAGUAUUUUGAGUUUAUUGAAGGAUCAGUGAGAGACAAGAAAGAGGAGGCGUUGUCUGAGGCAGAGAAGGAUAUACUGAAAUGGCUGAAGAAGAACAAGAAAUGAGACCUUAUAGAUUCUUCAAGGGUUGGGCUGUAGCAGGAUCAAUAGCUAGGAACCAUUGUGGAAACCAAAUCUUGAACUUUUGUGGCAAAUCACGAUAUGUCCACUGAUUAUAUGCAUCUUUGAAUGUUCUGGUUUCUUAACGCUGUGUCCAAGAUAGGUUCGUAAACGAACUAAACAUCCGUGAGUAAGUCUGAUAUUUAAUUGGGUAAGAGUUUCUUUAUAUUUUUUAAUUUAUGUAAUUUUGUCUUGGAUAAUAGUGUAAUAAUUAGAUCCUCCUAUAGAUAACUAAAGAUUUAAGAUUUAAAUCUCAGCUGCGACACUGUAAGAGAUUUUUUUCUUUAAUGAGAACAUUGAUCA